AUAAAACGUCGCGCUAUCCACCUCCGGACAGUGAGCUCAUCGCCCAUCGCAGCCUCGCCCACGCACACGCCUCUGUCCAGCCUCUUCAGCAAGUCAUCGCAGAGUGGAGAACACAGAAAGCAUCGAGACGACGUAGACCACAUCUCCACGAUUUUAUCGUUUGGAGGACAGAAGAGCUGAGCGGGCAGAAAUAUUAAGCAGUACAGCAGCCAUGGCAAACAGAGGACCCAGUUACGGACUGAGUCGGGAGGUGCAGGAAAAGAUAGAUCAGAAGUACGACCCUGAGCUGGAGGCCCGCUUGGUGGACUGGAUCAUUGCACAGUGUGGGGGAAAUGUGGAGAGACCACAGCCUGGCAAGCAGAACUUCCAGAACUGGCUAAUGGAUGGAACACUUCUCUGCAGACUCAUUAACAGUCUGUAUCCUCGUGGCAAAGAGCCCAUAAAGAAGAUCCCAGAGACACAGAUGGCUUUCAGACAGAUGGAGAAGAUCUCACAGUUCCUAAAAGCAGCCGAGGCCUACGGGGUGAUUUCCACCGACAUCUUUCAAACCGUUGACUUGUGGGAAGGGAAGGACAUGGCUGCUGUGCAGAGAACCUUGAUGGCUCUGGGGAGUGUCGCCCUCACAAAGGAUGAUGGGUACUACCGUGGCGACCGUGACUGGUUCCACAGGAAAGCACAGGGUCAUCGGCGUGAGUUUUCAGAGGAGCAGCUUCGUCAGGGCCAGAGCCUGAUCGGCCUGCAGAUGGGCAGCAAUCGCGGGGCGUCUCAGUCGGGCAUGACGGGCUAUGGCAUGCCUCGCCAGAUCAUGUAAAACUGUUCCCCAAGACCAACUACACAGCCAAGGCUCGUUCCCAAACCCACCUCUGUUCCUCUGCACCCCAGGUAGCUCCACAUUCCCCCAGUGCUCCCACUAUAUCUCCCUGUGCUCAUUCAGUAUUACAGCACUGGUACAGUACUGGGCCAUUCUGUUACCGAGUAUUACAGCACUGGCACAGUACUGAGCCGAGCCACUCUGUUACCCAGUAUUACUAUAUAUGGGCCAUUAUAUUACUGUGUAUUACAGUAUAGGCACCAUUUUGUUACUGGUAUUACAGCACUGUUAAAGUACUGGCCCGUUCUGUUACCUGGUAUUUUUUUUGGGGGCUACUGUUACGUAGUAUUAUGGCAUGGUCAGACACAGAGGCAACCUAGAUAGGAAUA